UUUGACGUUAUCGUCACGGUGAUCAUUCAAACGUCAGAACCACAGCAUAACAGUACAGAGAACCUGUCAAAUAUUUGAAAUAAAAUGGAAUUCGCAGAAUUCAUCUAAACACGAAAGGAAUGGCUCUGCUAAGAUUAAACAAGAGGGAUCGUGAAAUGGCUUCCAGCCUUGCUCGCCAACAAAAGUUUGCCGCCGGUCAGUCACAACUUGAUCAUCACAUCAACUGUGUCUUACUGCAAGCUUCGUUUAGAAGAUCAUCGGUUUCAUUUGCACCAGUACAAAAAUCUGGUGCUGGAGACCCUGGAAGCAAUAAGGUAAAGUCAUUUACGAUUCUAGGCGCGUCAACAGCCUCAUCAAAAAUGGUUUGUUCUAAAUUCACGCUUGCGAACAGGAUUUCGAAAGGUUCAGCAAUAAUGAAAUCAACAGGUUCAACGCGGAUGUGUAAAUCGCAAAAAUAUGAUGAAAAGGGCUUUCCAAAUCACGUACAUGAUGUCAUUGAUACAAGUAUUAUGAGGUUGGUACCAGACCAUGAUUUUGAAAUUCCUACAGAACCAGAAUUUGAAAUGCUUAUCAAAAGUGCCCAUCCAAAACCCGAACCAGAUAAUAAUUUGCCUGGUGAUGAUGUAAAAGCAUGCUUUGAAAAUGAAACAUAUGAAGAAAACGUUAAUGUUGUUACAGAUAUCGACGAAGUUUAUGAUAUUGGUUUGUUCUUUGAGGUCUGCAACCAAAUAAAGAAGAAAGAUGUUGACGAAGUUUAUGACAUUGGCUUGUUCUUUGAGGCCUGCAACCAAACAGAGAAGAAAGAUGUCGACGAAGUUUACGACAUUGGUUUGUUCUUUGAACAUUGCAACCAAAUAAAGAAGGAAACUGUCGACGAAGUAUAUGACAUUGGUUUGUUCUUUGAGGUCUGCAACGAACUAAAGAAGAAAGAUGUUGAUGAAGUUUAUGACAUUGGUUUGUUCUUUGAAGUCUGCAAGGAAAUAAAGAAGGAAGAUAUCGACGAAGUUUAUGAUAUUGGUUUGUUCUUUGACGUCUGCAACAAAAUAAAGAAGAGGGGUGUCGAUGAAGUUCAUGACAUUGGUUUGUUCUUUGAGGUCUGCAACGAACUAAAGAAGAAAGAUGUUGACGAAGUUUAUGAUAUUGGUUUGUUCUUCAAAGUCUGCAACCAAAAAAAGAAGAAAGAUCUCGACGAAGUUUAUGACAUUGGUUCCUUCUUUGAGGUCUGCAACGAAAUAAAGAAAGAAGACCACGACGAAGUUUAUGACAUUGGUUUGUUCUUUGAAGUCUGCAACCAAAUAAAGAAGGAAGAUCUCGACGAAGUUUAUGAUAUUAUUUUGUUCUUUGAAGUCUGCAACGAAAGAAAGAAUGAAGACGCCGACGAAGUUUAUGAUAUUGGUUUGUUCUUUGAAGUCUGCAACCAAAUAAAGAAGGACGCCGACGAAGUUUAUGAUAUUGGUUUGUUCUUUGAGGUAUGCAACCAAAUAAAUAAGGAAGAUCUCCGCGAAGUUUAUGAUAUUGGUUUGUUCUUUGAGGUCUGCAACGAAUUAAAGAAGGAAGACACCGACGAAGUUUAUGACAUUGGUUUGUUCUUUGAACUAUGUAACCAAAUAAAGCAGAAAGAUGCCAAUGAAAUUUAUGAUAUUGGUUUGUUCUUUGAAGUCUGCAACCAAAUAAAGAAUGAAGAUAUGGACGAAGUUUAUGAUAUUGGUUUGUUCUUUGAAGUGUGCAACCAAAUAAAGAAGAAAGAUGUCGACGAAGUUUAUGAUAUUGGUUUGUUCUUUGAGGUAUGCGAGCAGCUGAAGAAGGAAAAUGUUGAGGAAGUUUAUGACAUAGGAAUGUUCUUUGAAGUCUGCGAGCAGUUGAAGAAGGAAGAUAUCGACAACGUGUUUAACAUUGGCACCUUUUUUGAAGCCUGUGACAUGAUUAAAACAAGAGAGUUUGAAAAUGAUAUGGUCUCAGUUUUGGACCCAAUGAACGUCGAAGACCACGAUAAUAUUCAAGUGGACAGUAACAUGCCCUUACCUCGUCUCGAUGACAGCAUGGAUUUUGACGAGGAUAUGUUCGGAAUUCUAGGAGUGUUUUGUAGGAGUGAAUUACAUUUCCUGAGUAGCGGAGUUCAAGAAGUCAUUGAUUAAAUCCAGCACACUAUUGUAUUAUAAAACAUUUUCAUUGAUGUUUUUUGGUUGUUAUGAAAAUCAUAUUAAAA